AUGAAGAAAUUUGCUGCCGAGUCAAAUGGGUUGGCGGAGAGAACUAUCAAAACCGUCAAACGUGUCCUGAAAAAAGUGAAACAAUCAGGGACAGACCAGCACCUUGCUUUGCUUAUCAGUAAGGAAUACUCCAGUCACUGGUGCUCAAAACCCUGCAAAAGGAGCAAGCGUGUCACUACAAUGUGGGAGCAAAAACCUUGCCAGAACUACAUACAGGAAGUACCGUACACACUGAAACAAACAGAGGACAGGAACUUGCGAGGACACUCCAGACUGAUAGUGAGCAAGUGGUCUGAGGAGGAUGUGUUGGCAUGGUUAUGGGAGGAGGGGCUGGAGGAUGUGAUUUACGCGUUUAAAUCCAAUAACAUCGAUGGGGAAGAGCUGCUCUCGCCCACUAAGGAAAGCCUCAGCUCUGAGCUGCCCAUCAAGUCCCUGGGACUGAGAAGUAAAGUCAUGAAGAAAAUCGAGGAUUUGAAGAUGGCUCCUGUCUCUAAGGGCACUCAUGACGAGUAUCUUUGUCCAAUCACACGCAAGAUCGUGAAGGACCCAGUGAUCGCUGCAGAUGGCUACUCAUAUGAACGGGAGGCCAUUGAGAGCUGGAUCACCAUGAGUCGUCACACCAGCCCUAUGACUAACCUGUCCCUGCAGACCACCCUUCUGACACCCAAUCGCACCCUGAAAAUGGCAAUUUCUCGUUGGACCACUAGCCAGUGA